GUUCUGGAUGCAGUAAGUGAAGUACACGCUUAUUCAAUCAAACAUCCCGAGUGCUUUAAAAGUAUUCAUCCGAACAAAUUCAUCGAUAAUCUUGUUCAAGCACAUGAUGAAAGAUCGUCACCGCUCGUGCUUCUUAAAGAUCUGAAGGUGAGAUACAAAGAGAAGUUGGGCAAUACAAUCGAUGAGAUCAUAAAAAAUAUUGAUGAAAUAUUCAAUAAGAACACCAUCAACGAACUGAAUGCAAAAUUCGGAAUGCAGCCCACUUUGGCUCACUGCGAACUUUGGACGCAAAAUUUAAUUUGGAAAGAGCACGAUAAAAAACGAGAGUUGGCAGCUAUUAUUGACUGGGAGUGUGUUCACGAGGGUAAUCCGAGUGAAGAUAUUGCCUUUAUGAUAGCAUCCUCACUGAGUGCUGAUGAUCGUCAUCAACACGCAGAUACCAUACUCAAGCACUAUUAUGAUCAUUUAACUGAACUCUUACAACAGCAGCCACCUUUCACUUUGCAGCAGGUGUGA